AUGCAAACUGGCGAAAAAUUUCGAAUCAUUGAUUUUGCCGCCUGUGACAAUUCGCCGAUGCCCAUUAAAGUCAAAGGGCAUCCAUUUAUCAGCUGUAGCGUCAAAUUUGGUGCCGGUGUCGGAACCGUUGCCGGUGUCAAAAAACUUGGAUGCCGGCGUCGAAACCAUCGCAGGCGUCAAAUUUUUUUCUACGCUGUCGAAUUUUCGCCAGCAGAGUUUUGCAGCAAAUUUGCAAAUUUAUUCGCCGGUGGCAAAAUGGGCAAAUUCACCGCAAAUUCGCGCCUGAUGAAUAAAUUCGCCCAUCACUAG